AUGUCGCCGCCGCUGUGGCGCCUCUACCUGCGCGGCGCAAUCUCCAACUCUCUCGGCGGCGCGAUCCUCGUCGGCGUCGGCCGCUCUCUCGGCCUCUCGCACCACACGCUGCUCGCAUUCUCGGUGCAGCUCGCAGUCUUUCUCGUCCACGGCCUUCCUUUCCGGUCGGAAAAGUUCUACGACCUGAGCGGCAGCGCCACGCACUUUGCCGUCGUCGCGUACGCCCUCUGCUCGCCGGCCCGCCAGCGCAGCCCGCGGCAGCUGCUGAGCGCGCUCUUCAGCCUCGUCUGGAUGGUGCGGCUCGGCACCUUUCUCUUUCUCCGCAUCUCCCGCGACGGCAAGGACGGCCGCUUCGACGCCUUCAAGCCGUGCUGGCUGACCUUCCUCGGCGCGUGGACGAUCCAGGCCUGCUGGGUGAGCCUCAUCCAGCUCCCCGUCCUGCUGCUCAACACGCGCGACGACGCGGCACCGGCUGGCCCGCUCGACGCCGUCGCCCUCGCUCUCUGGCUCGCGUGCUUCCUCCUCGAGGCGGCCGCCGACAACCAAAAGUUCACCUUUCGCUCAGACCCCGCCAACAAGGAGCGCUUCAUCACGACCGGCGUCUGGGCGCUCAGCCGCCACCCAAACUACUGCGGCGAGAUUGGGAUGUGGACCGCGCAAGCGCUGGCGGCCACGUCCGCCUUCCUCAGCACCGGCGACGCGCAGCUCCUCGGCGCCUGGGGCUCGCCGCUCUUCACCGCCUUCCUGCUGCUGCGGGUAUCCGGUGCGCCAAUGGUGGACCGCGCCGGCGAGAAGAAGUGGGGCUCCGACCCAGCCUACCGCCACUAUGUGGCCAACACAAACUUCCUCCUGCCAGGCCGGCCUGCUCGGCCGGCGAAGGUCGAGUAG